CUUGGUAUGCUUUACUGUAACAUCGCUGAUAUACGGACGUCCCUAUUGGGGCUGUGCUGGGUGUCAAAGUCGUCUCCCAACACUUCGAAUUUCAUCUGUGUAUAUAUGUACUUGUGUACAGUAGAAGCGGCAACUGCCACACACUUUAAUCAUCUUGAAGAUCAGAGACUCAAGGAUUUCUUGUAUCUCGUCAUUUGAAGAAAUACCAUUUACAAGAUGGCUGUCCUCGAACCAACGAAAGGAGGCUACUAUCUUUGGAAUUACGUUCCCUCAAUCGCGGCGGCAGUCGUCUUCAUCCUGCUCUUCCUCACCAUGACCGUACUGGUUUCGUGGCGCAUGUACAAAACUAAGACGUGGUUUUGCGUCUCAUUUGCAAUCGGUGGUUUCUGUAAGCCUUGAGAUAUCUACUCGACCGUGCCUUGCUGACAGCCCCAGUCCAGUUCGUCGGCUACUGCACCCGCGCAUCAGCCCACAGUAGAACCGGAAGGAUCAUGCCAUAUGCCGUACAGAACGUCUUUAUCCUUCUCGGCCCCGCCCUUUUCGCAGCCUCGAUUUACAUGUGCCUUAGUCGCAUCAUCCGCGGAGUCCACGGCGAUCGCUACUCUCUGGUCAAGCCAAGUCGUCUCACCAAAACCUUUGUUGCUGGAGAUGUUCUUUCCUUUAUAGUGCAGGGCGGCUCAGCUGGCCUGAUGGUGACCGGCAACAACCAGAAAACCGGCGAGGGCAUGGUCAUUGGUGGGCUCAUGAUCCAGAUCAUCAUGUUUGGAAUCUUUGCAGCUACUGCGGUUGUAUUCCAGAAGAGGAUUCAACGCAACCCUACACCGGAAUCUCGCUCUUCAGCUCUGCCGUGGCAGAAGAGCAUGCGUAUGCUCUACAUCGUUAGUGCGUUGAUCAUGGUGCGAUCGAUCUUCCGUGUCGCAGAGUAUGCGAUGGGCAAUGACGGGUACCUCCUGAAGCACGAGUGGACAUUGUACAUCUUCGACUCGACUCUCAUGUUCGCUGUCAUGGUAGUGUACUUCAUCUGGUAUCCUACCUGGGUUACGCCUGACAAAUUGGAGUCUCAGAGCUACAGCAUGGCGGCUUAAGAGAAUGGGGCCCUUCGCUAUAUACUGGAAACGAUAGGAAAUAUUGUAGACGCUGGCUGUUUGCAGACCUCUCC